AUGCCCGCAGAGUUGCGUGUGAUGGUGUACGAAGCUCUGGUUGUCGGUUCCGAGCCUAUCACAGUACUUCGCGAGGAGCAGACAAACGAGACGCACCAGCUCGAUCUUUCGCUUCUCCGCGUCAAUCGCCAGAUCCACGACGAAGCCGCUGCCGUCUUCUAUUGCAAGAACACUUUUUGCAUCCGCCCAGGGAAAGGGAAAGAUGUUUGCGGUGGUGUGCCUGCGCCGCGGUAUCUCCAUCUAGUCCGGCACUUGAAGGUCGAGGGAUUCCUCCACCCAGACACCCCAGGCAAGGCUUGGGCAAAGAAACAGGGCGGCCUUGGGCAGGACGGUGACGGGAACCAGGAGAAUGAGAGAUACAUAUCGAUUCUAACAACGCUUCUCCCCCAACUCCGCAACCUCCACACCAUCCACCUCACCAUCACUCCCCCCGAUCGCCUCUCCUCGAAAUCUGUCCUCGCCGCGCUCCUCCCUCUCAAGCAUGCUCUCCCUUCCAUACUCGCAUCCCUUUCCCCGUUAGUGCCCAUCCUCCUCAGUUUCGAGUUCGACGACUGCUACUGUCGCCUGCGCGUGAGCCCGGAGUUUCUCAGAAAAGACUGUCUCGUUCUAUUACCACUCACGCGAGCCACCACCCGCUUGUUCUUCAAUGACUCCGAGAUCCCACAUUUCACCACUCAACCAUCACAAGACUUCGUGCAGAUCAGCCACAUGGGGUCUGGCUAA